ACCCCAUAACUUGAUAGAAAAAUUCUAUUCGUAUUUAAAACAUAUUGGUAAAGAAAUUUUACAAAUCGGUCAAGAAAAUUUUUUUUUUCGUUUUUUUCCACUUUUCUCGACGUUUCAAGCCAUUUUAAGUGUAACUAAGCAAAGAAAUUUUUUUGAAAUUUUUGGGCAAAUCCAAUACGGUGGCCCGUCACCCUAGGGUGGGGCCUCCGUAAAUUGAUUCUUAAA